AUGAGCACUGAACUACUUCUCAAAAUUUUCACUUUAAAAAAAGUAUUAUUUGGGGGCGGCAUCAUUCUGUACGCAAACAAGAAGACUAUAAUUGUUAAGUUGCGUUUGAAUGUGGAAAAAGAAAAAUUGACCGCUGUUGGUGCAGUCCUAGAAGGAACUUCUCCUGCACGGCUGGGCGGGUUCCGCUGCCGAGGGGCGCGAGAUCCGGGGCUGGGGUUGGUGGUACCGCUGGAGCAGAUACGGCGGCCGCUGAUGCGCACCCGCGCCAACGAUCCCGCCAAAGUCUGCCAGCUCAUGGACAGCAUCCGCCAGAUCGGCCUCCAAGAACCCAUCGACGUUCUGGAGGUUGACGGAGUUUACUAUGGUUUUUCGGGAUGUCACCGGUUCGAGGCUCAUCAGCGUCUCGGCCUCCCCACCAUCCGUUGUAAAGUGCGCCGUGGGACGAAGGAAACUCUAAGGCAUCACAUGAGAUGAGUUGCGGCAGAGCUAAUGCGUAUUGUCGAAAUCGAACCUGUGAUGGACAUGAAAUAUUUAUUCCUAGGGCAAUAGUUUUUCCUCUUUUUUGGUUCAACAUACUCUCUUGUGUGCGCCAUUUUGGCGAGUAUAUGUAAUUGUGUGACAGAAUAGCAGUUAUUGCAGUGCAUAACCACUAUUUAGUGCGGUUUGAAGGAGAAAAAUUACCUUCUGUUUGCGAAUUUGUCUUGUAAUUUGGAAGCAAAAUUAUCUACAAUCCUUAUUUUUUGAGGUGUCUUUCA